AUGCAAAACUACUCUGUAAAGGUGGACAUUCAUGAAGCAAAGGACGUUGUCUUCUUCGAUCCCUCUUCAGAAAGUGAAGUAAUCCCACAGUUAUUUGUUAAAGUAAUAACAUGUGGUACCUACCAACAGACCCCUGUCAAGCCAGAGUCUUCAAACUCCAUAUUCAAGUGUAGUUUCAAUUUCAACUCAAAUUUUGACAAGCGCGAAUUUGAUCGCAAUCGCAUCAUCUUCGAAGUUCACCAUUCAUAUCGCAUCUACACACACCUAAUAGGUGUGCAUGCCUUUGGUUUUCCUUUGAUAUACUCUAAACCGCAGCAUUGCAUCCACCGUUCAUGGGUACAGAUAAUUUCGCCUACGCAUCCCUCCAAAAACAAGGGGUAUCUAUUGGUGUCAGUGGGCAUUUUUGGGCCUGGAGACAACGUACCCGUAUUUAAGGAUUCAUCAAUGAUAUCUGAUGGAGAUCGUUUUAGGCGAGAAUUGGACCUAAAUCCCACCCUUUAUGUAUUAAAUGUGAAUAUACACCGAGGAGAGGAUAUAAAAUUUACCAGGACGGCCUCCAUUGAACCAUCCGUUAGGGUCCGUUUUGGCGGUAUCGAAGCUCAGACAGCCAAAAUUGCCGGGAAUCCCAACCCAGAAUGGCAAACAGGGGUCUACAUACCCUGUCUCACACCCAAUUAUGAUGGGCUCGUUACGGUGGAUGUAUUGAAUCGCAACGACGAAUUAGUAUAUUCGCACAAUCUAGAUUUCGCAAGUUUGCUGAAAAAAGGCAUUUAUGGCAAAUGGCUAAACAUUUUUUAUGGGCCUAAUAACUCGAAUUUUUUUAGUUCACUAACGGGCUAUAUCGACACCUUACAUCAUGAGACAGAUUAUGGAGGCCGUAUUCUAAUCAGUUCUUCCCUUACGCAGGUACAAACCCUACCACAAAUUGGCACUAGGGUUUGCAAGCCCAUCCCAGACCCACCAGCGAAUCAAUGUGCCGUAUGGGUGGAUAUUUACGAAGUUAUUCCCCUUGUUGAUACCAAUGAAAUGAUCAAAAUAGGAUGUUCAUUUGGUCCUCACUCGAUUUAUUCUGGCCUGCUAGAGCUUACCAAGGACAAGAGCUAUGUGGUAACAGACCAGGCGGGGAGGCUUGACGAAAUUGUUGCGCUGGUACCUGAGUCUUGCGACAACCCUUGGGACGUGUUUAUUUAUUGUAUUGUACCGAUAGACCCUUACAGAGUUGAGGGAGGAACUAGGAUUGCUUGGCAAAGAAUUCCAUUUUCCGAUGCGUUUGAUAGUGAAUUCAGGCCAAAAUGGUAUCAGCUUUCCUCAUUUACAAAUGGCGAACCUGAUAAGUUAUCAGUUUUGAUAUCCGUAACUGUGAAGAAGAUCACAGCAUCUACCUGCAGGCCUGAAAGGCUGGGGUAUAACAUCUCAAAAUUUAUCUUCAGGGCCAUGAUAUACGAGGCGUUAAGGGUACCCUUAUUUUCACAUACAUACCCAGACCCAUACGUCCACAUCGAAUUGGGGAGGUAUACUAUACAGACGAAUGUGGCAAGGCAAACAACCAACCCUACGUACUACCAGUCUUUUGAGCUGGAGAUUAUGUUACCUGAAAAUUUGUUUUUGGCCCCUGACAUAAAACUGCAAAUUUAUAAUGACACGAAGAGUGGCGGAGAUAAUUUGUUAUGCGCGGGCAUGUUCCCUUUGGACCAGGUACCUUUGGAGUGGUCUAAGGCACCAAAAUGGGUGGAAAUGACUACAAACAACGUAUAUUUUGGCAAUCCCAAAAUAUUGGUCGCCUUUGAACUACUUCCUCUCGAAGUAUACCAAGAGAAUCCUGAGAGAUUUGAAUUCUUUGAUGAUAUUCGUCCAACGGUAUAUCCAAGCCUAGUAUCUUUACUUUUAAUUGGGAUACGGAUGUUCCAACCCAUAGAAGAGCCCCGAGUGUUGAUAUCUUUUGGUCAGCAUUCUGGUAUUUACGAGGAUUCUGGACGGCCUUCCUUUGGCAGCGGAUCAAACUGGAAUUUUUUGCGAAACUUUGACUUUCAACUCAAUCUACCAAAACGUAUGCAACACCAUGUGCAGCUUCAAUUUACAGUCAUAGAUAACGAGACCAACAUCGGCUUGGGUCAAGUUACUCUUAACUCUUUGUUGCCCUGGCUGGAUGAGGAGGAAAAGAGGGAAUGCGCGGAAAUGUUCAAACCCUACGACUUUUCUUCUACCCAAACAGAGAGUGAUAGCAGGCUAAGCAAGGGCAUAAAGAUGAUUGGAAAUUCGCCAUUGCCUCCCGACGAUGUGGAUUACUUAAAUGUACGGUUGGACGAAUCUAUUGAGCACAUUUGUUUGGAGAAGAAGGGGUUUGAGAGAAAGAAAACGGCAGCGAGAAUUGUUUCGAUGAAGACGUUUAAUGGAAUUUUUGAAAUGGGAGAUAGAGCUGGUGCGAGUGCUAGUGGAGUGUUGACGAAUUCCCUAGAUUUCGACCUGGAAGUGGAGGAUUGCAAGGGAAUGGAGCGGGACGAAAUACCCUACGAAUACGAAUGUGACAUCAACGAAGAUGAGCUCCCGUACUACCGCGCGCCCAUUUUCAAAUGCACCAGUGUCGGCUAUCCUGAGACAAUUGGAUUUCUCAAGUAUUACUGCAGCGUUACGCAACUAGCUAGCUCCACUGACGGCCUGGAUGAUAGAGGGGCCAUCAGAAAGAUAGAGAAGGAGCGGAUGAAAAUUGAGAAGAGGCGGGCUGAUAUUAUGAAUGCAUACGCAACAGCGACUGAUUUAGUCAUCAGGGCAUACAUUCUCCAGGCAAAGGGGCUGUGUGCAUCGUCAGGCAGUAAGGAUAUAGCCAGUUAUAUAUGGAUUAGAAGCAAUGAUUGCGAGGAAGGGAAGAUUGGUGGGCUGCCUAGGAGUAUGAAUGACUCCACCAACGUCAAGAAUCAUGGGUUUAACCCCGAGUUUAAUAUCUGCUACAGGCUUGGCUGCUCCUUGCCCGAUGAUGCCAUACUCAAGAUCUCGGUGAUGAAUAAGGGGUCGCUGACCGAUGAAGAAAUCGGUACCACUAUAGUCGACAUUGAGGACAGGUACUUUAGCAAAAUAGUUUCUCAAAUGCUGGAACAGGACACUAUACCCAUUGAGCUGAGGACGCUGAAAUUGUUCGGAAGCUCGGUUUCCCAUGGGACCCUAAGGGGCUGGUACGAAAUUAUGGAUGCCACGGAAUCCAGAAAACGCCCAGUAAAGGCACUAACAAAUUACGAUUCUCAGGACUAUGAAAUGAGGGUCGUAAUUUGGGACGUGAGAAAUGUGGUCAUGAAGGAUGCAAGUUCGAUCUCUAUGUUUGUGCGCGGAGUAUAUCAACAGGAAAAUGAGACCUUGGAGCAUGAUACCGAUGUACACUACAAUUCCAAAGAUGGGUCAGGGGUAUUUAACUGGCGGUUUAUUUACAGCGUAAAGAUCCCCACGGAAUACACAAUUUUAAAUUUGCAAAUUCGUAACUACACCGUGAUCCAAUCCUAUGAGACGAUUUGUCAAGUGAGCUUUGAUUUAUCUUCGGAUUUUCAGAGGGCCAGAAAGGGUAGCGGCCCUUACUAUUUACCAAAGAUGUGGAUCGACUGCACCCACCCAUCCUUCGGCACGGACGUUAGGGGCCAAAUACAAAUUGAAGUCUCAAUUAUUCCCAUAGCAGACGCGCAAAUAUUUCCAGUGGGAGAGGGAAGGAAAGAACCGAACAAGGAUCCAUAUCUACCGCCAGUGUUGGAAAAUCGCGAUUUUAUGGGCUGGAAGGGGAUUGCAGAAACUAUUGGAUAUGCCACAAGCGCCAUCAUGUCCGGCCUGAGGUGGACUGGGGUAUGGGUUGGAGUGGCGGGGGGAAUCGCCACCAUCCUCUUUUUGAUAGUUUUGUUCAAAUAA